AGCCAGAGCGCGAGGGGCUCGGGGACGCGCGGGGGUCUCAGUGCAGCGGCAGGGACCCCGGGGCCCGGAGGCAGCGCAGCCCGGGGCCGCCGGGUGGAGCGCGAGCGGUUCGGCGGCGGCGCGAUGCCGCUCGCCCAGCUCAAGGAGCCCUGGCCGCUCAUGGAGCUGGUGCCACUGGACCCGGAGAAUGGACAGGCCUCGGGGGAAGAAGCUGGACUUCAGCCAUCCAAGGAUGAGGGCGUCCUCAAGGAGAUCUCCAUCACGCACCACGUCAAGGCCGGCUCUGAGAAGGCUGAUCCAUCCCAUUUUGAGCUCCUCAAGGUUCUGGGGCAGGGAUCCUUUGGCAAAGUCUUCCUGGUACGCAAGGUCACCAGGCCUGACAGUGGGCACUUGUAUGCCAUGAAAGUGUUAAAGAAGGCAACGUUGAAAGUACGUGACCGAGUUCGGACCAAGAUGGAAAGAGACAUCCUGGCUGAUGUGAACCACCCAUUCGUGGUGAAGCUGCAUUACGCCUUCCAGACUGAGGGCAAGCUCUAUCUCAUUCUGGACUUCCUGCGUGGUGGUGACCUGUUCACACGACUCUCCAAGGAGGUCAUGUUUACAGAGGAGGACGUGAAGUUUUACCUGGCUGAAUUGGCACUGGGCCUGGACCACCUGCACAGCUUGGGCAUCAUUUACAGAGACCUCAAGCCUGAAAACAUCCUUUUGGAUGAGGAAGGCCACAUCAAACUCACUGACUUUGGCCUGAGCAAGGAGGCCAUUGACCAUGAGAAGAAGGCCUAUUCGUUCUGCGGGACAGUGGAGUACAUGGCUCCCGAGGUUGUCAACCGCCAGGGCCACACCCACAGUGCAGAUUGGUGGUCCUAUGGGGUGUUGAUGUUUGAGAUGCUGACGGGCUCCCUGCCCUUCCAGGGGAAGGACCGGAAGGAGACCAUGACAUUGAUUUUGAAGGCGAAGCUAGGCAUGCCCCAGUUUCUGAGUACGGAAGCCCAGAGCCUCCUGCGGGCCCUGUUUAAGAGGAAUCCUGCCAAUCGGCUUGGUUCAGGUCCUGAUGGGGCGGAGGAAAUUAAGAGGCAUGUCUUCUACGCUACCAUUGACUGGAAUAAGCUCUACCGUCGUGAGAUCAAGCCACCUUUCAAGCCAGCUGUGGCCCAGCCGGAUGACACGUUCUACUUUGACACUGAGUUCACAUCUCGCACGCCCAGGGACUCUCCAGGCAUCCCCCCCAGCGCCGGUGCACAUCAGCUGUUCCGUGGCUUCAGCUUCGUGGCCACUGGCCUGAUGGAGGAUGACGGCAAGCCCCGGACCACUCAGGCCCCCCUGCACUCGGUGGUACAGCAACUCCACGGGAAGAACUUAGUUUUCAGUGAUGGCUAUGUGGUAAAGGAGACAAUCGGCGUGGGCUCCUACUCCGUGUGUAAGCGCUGUGUCCACAAGGCCACCAACAUGGAGUAUGCUGUCAAGGUCAUCGACAAGAGCAAACGGGAUCCCUCAGAGGAGAUUGAGAUUCUUCUGCGGUACGGACAGCACCCCAACAUCAUCACCCUGAAAGAUGUGUAUGAUGACGGCAAGCACGUGUACCUGGUGACAGAGCUGAUGAGGGGCGGGGAGCUGCUGGAUAAGAUCCUGCGCCAAAAGUUCUUCUCCGAGCGGGAGGCCAGCUUCGUCCUGCACACCAUCAGCAAGACUGUGGAGUACUUGCAUUCCCAGGGGGUCGUCCACAGGGACCUCAAACCCAGUAACAUCCUGUAUGUGGACGAGUCUGGGAACCCCGAGUGCCUGCGCAUCUGUGACUUUGGCUUUGCCAAGCAACUUCGGGCAGAGAACGGACUUCUCAUGACGCCUUGCUACACAGCCAACUUCGUGGCACCUGAGGUGCUGAAACGCCAAGGCUAUGAUGAAGGAUGUGACAUCUGGAGCCUGGGCGUUCUGCUGUACACCAUGCUGGCAGGAUACACUCCAUUUGCCAAUGGGCCCAGCGACACACCAGAAGAGAUCCUCACCCGGAUCGGCAGUGGGAAGUUCACCCUCAGUGGGGGAAACUGGAACACGGUCUCAGAGACAGCCAAGGACUUGGUGUCUAAGAUGCUUCAUGUGGACCCCCACCAGCGCCUCACAGCCAAGCAGGUCCUGCAGCACCCGUGGAUCACCCAGAAAGACAAGCUUCCCCAGAGCCAGUUGUCCCACCAAGACCUGCAGCUUGUGAAGGGCGCCAUGGCAGCUACAUAUUCUGCACUCAAUAGCUCCAAACCCACCCCCCAGCUGAAGCCCAUUGAGUCAUCUAUCCUAGCCCAGCGGCGGGUGAGGAAGCUUCCAUCGACCACCCUGUGAACCACAGUGCAAACUCCUUGGAGGCAGAGUCCUCCCCAGAGGGAGCAGGCCUGGGUCACAGGACCAAGUGAAGUGGAGUCCUCCGAAAGGACCCGGGAAGUAGCCAGCCCAGAUCACCCAAGCGAGGGUGUGAAGUGCCUUCUUCCCCAGGAUGGACUCUUCUGGGCUCGAGCUCCGUGUGUGAAAUCCAUUCACUGUACAAACUUUUUUAAGGGAAAAAAAUGGCGUCAUCUACCAUGGAUUUUUACAAGAUCCAUUUGCCUUUCUAGCCAUUGCAGUCCCAAGAGGAGCACCGGGCCAUGGAGACUGUGGCUAAGAUUCCCUUGACCCGCUUUGGGGCCCUCCCCUAAGCGCUGCCCCCUCUGUGGGCUGGGGAGCCAUCUACACGCGCCUCCAAACAGCCCAGUGCUGCCUCUCAGAGUCACCCACUGGCUAUUCCGCAGAACUUGGUCCCCAGCCGGCUCCUCUCCAUUCUGUUCUGGGGUUCUAGAACCACUUUCUGCUAGAGCCAAGGAUGAUGCCCUGUCAGCUCUUGGCUCCAGGCACCAGCAUCCACAUUGCCCAUCCACAAUGGGCCCCUGCAGUCGGGUCGGACAGCCCCGUGGAGAGGAGACAGAGAGCACUUUUCAGCGGACUUCCUGUCUGCCACUGGACAGAGUUCACAGGAGACCAGGGAGUGGACCACGGGGGACGAGGGCUUUUUCAUUUCCUCCUCAGCUGGUAACUCAGGGUUCAUCUGUCCAGGGCCUUUCUAAUAAACUUACAAUCCAGUCA